AUGUUGGAUGGCCAGCUUGAAUAUUCGCGAGGUGCCUCGUCUCUCAAAGCGACCAUCAGGAAUCACGGGAGACAAACUCAGUGGAUCGAAGCGCUACGUCUGUUCCGGGACGCAUGCCAGUCACGUGCGAAAGAAAGCCACAGUCUCUACAUUGAUAUUGUCAGCGCAUGCGGAAAAGGGCGUCAGUGGCAGCAGUACCUGUCGCUUGUCGACGAAAUGGUUGAAUUGAAGUUGGAGCUCAACGUUAUUAUUUGUAGUACUGGGAUCAGCGUGUGCCGGAAAGGAGGACGAUGGAAAGAGGCGUUGUCGUUGUUCAGCGAGGUAUUGGGGACGAACUUGGAGCCAGACUCUAACCUACAACGCAGGCAUCAGUGCGUGCGAGAAGGGUGGGAAUUGGAUGUUGGCGCUGUCGUUGUUCAGUGA